AUGGUUGGAACAUCAAUGGCUAUUUCCCACGGCGGAUCCAAGGGCGAGCUGCCUCGAAGAUCACACUCUAGUAUGCGAUCCGCUUUCAUGGUCGUCGCGAUGCUGGCAACGACACUCGGCUCUGCUGCCACCGUACCGGACCGUGCGUCAACUCGCAUUCCCGCAUUGUCCAUAGCCGUCGACCAGUUGCCGUCUGCGGCAUCCCCCGAGGGGUUGAUAAAUGUAUCCCACGACGAUGAUAGCGAACACAAGCUGCUUUACGAAGAGUCUAUCAGUGGCUCCGACACCCCCAUCGCCUCGACGCUCAACAAGGGUGAAAAGAGGAGAAGGAGUGCGCAUGCGGCCACCACAACAACCAAGCCCGCGUCCGAGAAGACUAGCAGCGCAUCGCUGGCUACGUCAUCUUCAGCAUCAUCGACUGCCCUGCCGGAACCAUUUGACAACACGCCAGCCUCGGCCUUCCAGAUGGAUGGCUCAACCGACUCGUGCUCUAGCUUUAUAUGGAACCUUCUUCACGACUCCACGUUCAAGAGCUGUUACCCUCUAUCCAUGAUGUUGCAGACUUCAACGGGCCUCUUCCAGGCCGAAAAGUCUCUUCUCAGCAUCGUGAGGGUACUUGACGCAACCUGCAAAGCCGACUCCGUGUCCUGUGCCACGUUCCUUGAUCAAGCCGCCGCAAACCUCACCAAAAGUGACAAUUGCAAGGCCGAGAUUGCCAAGAAUCAGACGCUGGUUCUACAGGCAUACCGCGGAUUGCUAGCCUACAAGGAGGUGUAUGCAGCAACUUGUCUUCAGGAUCCGACCACAAGCCAAUACUGCUUCGCCAACGCCGUCACCAACCUCGACACGCCUUCAGACGCCUACCUCUACUUUUUGCCCUAUGGCUUGGCCCUACCUGGCAGCUCCAACCCCUCUUGCAGCUGGUGCACGCAGCAGACGAUGGAUAUAUACUAUUCUGCUUCCGCGGACCGCGACGCAUCUAUUGCCGAUGUGUACGCGGACGCAGCCCGCCAAGUGAACACCCUGUGCGGUCCAAACUAUGUCAACGGUACCCUACCACCGGCGUCGUCACAGGGCCUCGUUUUACGACCAGCCGUCUAUACCGCUACGCUUGCUGUCUUGUGCACUGGGCUUGCCGCCUUGGUUUCUAUUUUCUAG